UUUCUCUCCUCAAGUUCACUUGAAAUCCACCGUAUAGGGAUUCCGAAGAGCUCCGAAGAAGCAUUGAUCCACUGUUAGGGUUCUGCACAAAUCUAUAGCCAUGUCGGAGACCUAGGAAAUCGGGAUUUUUCCAGUCGGCGACGGCGAUGGGGAAGAGGAACACGACGGUCGUUAUUUCGUCGUCGGAGGACGAAGGCGAUUGCCGCUCGUCUAGUCGUCAGCGGAGGAGGUCGAAAUUGCGCUCGACGGUUCCUCGCGCGAAUCCGAGACGCUCGAAGAAAGCUCGUGUUUCGGGUUCUAGGUCUAGCCUGGGUAAAGAAUCCAGUGAUUGGGAAGGGAUUAGAUUGUUCUGUGAAGAUUUUGAUGAAAAGUUUACUGGGUUUAAGGUAUCUGAUGGUGCUGAAGGAAGUAACAAAGAAGAGUUAUGGGUUGAUAAAUACAAACCUUCUUCUCUCGAAGAGCUUGCAGUUCAGAAAAAGAAGGUUGAAGAAGUUAAAGUAUGGUUUGAAGAAAGGUUGGGAACUUCAAAGGAUAAAUUAAGCAGUCACGUCCUUGUCAUCACUGGGCAAGCUGGAGUUGGAAAAUCUGCAACUAUUCAGGUGAUAGCAUCUCAUGUUGGAGCUAGAUUGUGUGAAUGGAACACUCCUACGCCAAUAGUUUGGAAAGAGCAUCUAUACAACUCCGGUGCAGGGCUGCACUACACGUCAAAAUUGGACGAGUUUGAAAAUUUUGUGGAGAGAAUAAGGAAGUAUGGAUUGAUACCAUCAACUGACCAUAAGGAUUCAAAAGAAUCAGCGAUACUCUUAAUUGAUGAUCUUCCUCUCACAAAUGGUACAGUUGCUUUUGGAAGGCUUAGAAACUGUUUGCAUCUUCUCGUGCGCUCAAUUCAGAUACCUACUGCAAUAUUAGUCACCAAUUAUGGCGAAGCGGAUUCAGCAGACCACACAGCAAAAUGCUUGGAAAAACUCCAGUUGGCUCUUGAAAAUGCUGGAGCUUGUAAGGUUGCUUUCAAUCCUAUUACUGUUAAUUCUAUUAAGAAGGUACUUUCUAGAAUAUCUAGACAAGAGCAGCAUACCGUGUCUGAUGAGAAGAUUAAUCUCAUAGCAAAAGCCAGUGGAGGUGACAUCAGAAAUGCAAUAACCUCAUUACAGUUCUUCUGUCUGAAACCAAAUCUGAGGCGUCCACUUUCUUCUUCCAAUCAUCAUCCUAGACACUUAAAAGCAAAACCCGAUGACGAUGAUUUACUGAAUACUGGAUUCCCUCUAGAAUUUGGUAGAGAUGAAACACUUUCUCUAUUUCACGCUCUAGGGAAGUUUCUGCACAACAAAAGAGAGACUGAAAAUGCUGUGGAAUUGGUUGGCGAUGAAUUUUUUGUACAGGAGCGAUUUGCUAGAUUACCACUAAAAAUGGAUGCUCCAGAAAAGGUCCUCUCUGAAGCUCACGGGCAAGCUAGGCCUAUCGCGGACUUUCUUAACGAAAAUGUUCUGGAUUUCCUAAAUGAGGAGGCAAUUGAUGAUGCGUGGGCUGUGGCAUCAUAUUUAAGUGACGCGGACUUGCUUCUCGCUACCUUUCGUGGAAUGCUAGUUAGACAUAAUGAGGCAGAGAAUAUUCUGCAAUCAGCUGCGGCUUCAGUUGCUGUCCGUGGUGUCCUAUUUGGAAAUUCUCACCCAGUGUCUUCCAGAUGGCAUGCUAUUCGCCGGCCAAAGCUCUGGCAAGUUGAGCAAUCAUCAUUGUCCAAUAAGAAAGAGAUGGUAAAGCGGAGAUAUGAUGAUUAUAAUGGGAUGACUUCAUCUGAUUUUUCUGUUAUUGCCACCGAGUACACACCUCUAUUCAAAUGGCUUUGGUCCGGGACACCGGGGUUGUUGCCGGGGAACGGAAAAGAAGACCAGAGAAUUGACAUGAUGAGUUUGGAUGACCAAGAAACUAUGAUUUCAGAGGAUGAAAUAGAAGAUUGGUAAAAUUAUUGUGUUACAACACAAGUUUGUUGUAGAUGGGCCUUGCUUGCUCCUGUAAAUGUUUGCUCUAAAAUAGUGACUCACUUUUUUCUCGGAAAUCUGAUAUAUAAAGCGUAUAUUCCAUAUACCCAUGUGUGUGUACACAUGAUAUAAAC